AUGGCGUGGGACACACCCUCAGCAGCGGCACAGCCGGGAGCAGCAGCAGCAGCAGCAGUUGCUGCUGCUGGUGAUUCAUCUGCUGGAGAGGAAAUCGUUCUGACUCUUACACCAGACCAAAUAAAAGCAGCAAUAAAUGCGGGAACAGGUGAUGCACCGCUUCCAGAAGGCUCCGGGCAAGUAGCAGGCGCGGAGGGGGCAGGGGAAGCUGGGGGGGAAGCCGCAGGAGGAGCAGCAGGGGAAGCAGAGGGUGAAGGCGCAGCAAAUACUGGAGGAGCAGGAGAAGCUGCAGAAGGAGAAUUGGAAAAGCAGCCAGUUGAGGGUUCUGAUGUUGCAGCAGCAGGGUCAGUAGGAGGUUCAGCAGCUGCGAAGACAAGACGCCGCAAUCUGCUUUUUGGAGCAAUUAUAGGAGGAUUAUUUGCUCUUAUUGUGGCCAUAAUGGGAGGCAUGCAUCUCAGCAAAGUCAGAGGACCAGAAGGGGCGCAGCAGGUGACGCCACCGGGCCAGCCGGAAACUCAACAGCAGCCCGAACCACAACAGAGGUUGACUCCCCCUGCCUCGUAA